AUGGCGGCCGUGGAGCCCAUAUUUUCUGCUGUUUCCAGCAGUACCCACCACCUUUAUACUUUGCUUCAAUGCAUUGGAUUUGCAUCGAAAGCUACCGUACAAAUAACACCAGAUGGCAUUCGAUUCUCAGUGGAAGAAUCCCGCGUGGUACAGGGGCUUGCGUUCGUCGACAAGGCUCUCUUUACCAGCUACACUUUCAACCCACGUGCUCUGGCCAUCAAUCGUGAUGAAAGCCAGGAAAAUGACGAUGGUUCGGAUGCCGCUGCUUACCCAUGCUUUGUCGUCUCACUCUCUGCCUUCCUCGAAACAUUGAAAAUCUUCGGUGCCAAUGACUCAUCCACCGCUGGAGCAAACAUGGCAGCCAGUGUCGCGUCCCCGAAUCCUUCUGUGUCCAGUGCAUUCACAGCCCCUGCUCUAUUACUUGACCGCUCUUGCACACUGCAAUACUUUCAGGAUGGCUCCCCCCUCAGCAUUACAUUAUCCGAGACUGGGGUCAAGACCACAUGCGAGCUGACAACCUACGAACCCGACGGCAGCGAAGUCGACAUUCCCCUUCAGAGAGACGCGAUUAUUAUGAAGAUCAUCAUGCGUUCUGCCUGGCUACAUAAUGCUGUUACCGAGCUUGGGGCCACCGACCCAAGCGUUUUGAAGAUCUCCGCUUCUGACAAACAGGAACCAUUCUUCGCCCUAUCCGGAUCCGGCGGCCCGUUCAGCGAAUCGUCUGUAGAGUUCUCCAUCGAACAACAGCACCAGAACCAUGGAGCGCCGGAGCAAUCCCAUCAUAAAGUGCUAGCCGAUGACGGUACUUCCAGAGCGCGAGCCACGAGAGCCAAACUGGCCCCGACUGUGACGGAGACCUUCCUUGUCAGUCCGUCAUCAUCAAUGGGCUCUCGCAUCAGGCAAGACUACCGCUUCUCUCUUAUUCAAAAAGCAUCGCGCGCCAUGGCGGUGGCCAACAAAGUAAGCAUCCGAGGCGAUCGACAAGGAGUUCUGAGCCUUCAGUUUAUGGUUGAGUUUGAUUCGAAUAGACCUGGUGGUGCAAACAACGUCGCAAAACCCCUGGUGAGCUUUGUGGACUUCCGCUUUGUUCCGCUCUUGGAUGAGGAUGGGGCAGAGGAUGACGUGAACGAGGACAUGCUGGAGUGA